AUGGAUACUGAAGAUGAAACAAAUCUGAUUUCAUCUCCUAUAAAUGUUAUGACAACAACAAUUGCACCAAAUCAUUUUUUACUUUCAACUUAUAAAGAAAAUCUUCGAACAAAUAUUGAUAAUAAUCCUGAUGAUCAUUUAUCUGCACUUAUGAUGAAUAUACAUGGAAAUAUGAAAAUAAACCCAUUAUCAUAUAAAUGUUGUUUAUGUCGAAAAAUAGUUGAUGAUGCAUCAUUAACGUGUACAAAAUGUGUUAAUACAGGUCAUUUUUGUCCAUCAAAACAUGAUACAUGUUCACAUAAACGAAGACAAACAUUAGCAAAUAUGUUAAAUUCAAAUGAUUAUGAAGAAUUUCAACAAUACUCAACUAAACAUUCAAUUAAUACACCACCACAUUUACAAUGUUCGGAUCGAAUGUUUCUAUUAAAAAAAUUCAAUAUGCAAAAGAAAAUUUUACAAGCAGAAUAUCAAACAAAAAUGGAAUCAAAACUUCAUCUACAUAAAAUGUCUGAAGAAAUUCUAAUACGCAAAAAUCGUCUUAAUCUUGUUAAUCAAUCUAUAACACGAUUACAAGAAAAAAUUGAACGAGAUAAAAUAAUAAAUACGAAAACUCAUAUACGUAAUAAUAAAAGACGUUCAAAUAUUCAGUUACUUGAAAAAAAAAUAACUGAAAUAAAAAUGGUAUUAAAAUCUUCAAAUGAUGCAAAUCGAAAAAAGAAUGAUAUACGUAUUGAACAAGAGAAUAAAUUAUAUGCUAUUCGACGACAACGUCUUAAUGAAGUAUAUAAAUAUAUAUUUCCUAUUGAACAUGUAUCAUCAAUUGAAGAAGAUCUUGUAUCAACAAUGAGAGCAUUAUCAAGUGCACAACAACCGAUUGUUGAUGAAAUAAAUAGUGAUUAUUCAGAGAAUGAUGAUUCAUUAAAUGUUGGAGGUGAUCGAUAUCAAAUUGUUAGUUCAUGUUUACCACUUAACGGUGAUUAUCAAAUUGCUAAACUUCUUAUAACAGUUGAUGUUGAUGGUAAAAGUCCUGAUGUUGAUUCUCUUCAAUCAACACUUUCACAUGAAUUAUACGAAGUACUUUCGGCAUUAUCACAUGCUUGUCAAUUAAUCAAUGUUAUCGCAUUUUAUCUUCAUAUUGCAUUACCAUUUCGUUUACAUCAAUUAGAAUUUAAUACCGAUAAUUUAACAACUGAUCGUCUUCGUGCUGAUAUUGCUAAAUUAAAUGCAAAUAUAGUAUGCAGUUGUUUAUCUCAAGGUAUCUUAAUUGACAAUACAAAUGCAACACAUACACUCGAAAAUUUAUGUAAAUUAUUAACAUUUAAACGAUAUCUUAGUCGACCAAAACCAGUAGUAUAUUCUCAACAAUAUAUUAAUAUGAUGGAAGAAGAAGUAAAUGAAAUAAGUCGUGCUUAUGUUACGGAUUAUUGGUUUGAUGAUGUUGAAAAAGAUGUAACUGAUCUUUUAAAUAGUGAUGAAUGGGAAACAGUACCACAAGAUUAUCAUAUACCAGAAGAUCCAUCUAUACAUGAACGUCUUGGUCCAUUACCAUCAUUAACUUCUCAACAACAACAUAUAUCUGUUAUGAGUGGUUCAUUCGAUUUUUUGAAAAAUAAAGGUUCUACUCUAAUCAAUUCAGUUUUUCGUAGUUUGGCAAAAUCUUAA